AUGUCUUCUCAAUCUGCUUCUGCUGCGGCUGCCAACCAGGCUCUCAUCGCUCUUGUCGCCCGGCUCGAUGACAUGGUUCAAGAUGUUCUCCGGUCGCAGUCUCAGGAUGAGAAAAUGGAGUUGAGCCGCGAGAUUGCUCGUGAAGUGAAUGUCGUGAUUCGUUCAUAUGGGAGGGAUGCUUCAUAUGUUCCCCCUGGCCUGCUGUCACUUGCAGCUGAGAUCUUUCGUGCUCAGAGGCACACCUCACAAUUGGUGGUAGUACCAGAUUGGAACCAUCUUGGUAACAAUCAGGAUAUGUGCAUGAAGCAUCCAUUGUACAGUAAGACAUUGGGUCAUACGCCGCCUGCUUCACCUGCAGCUACUGCUCCUGCAUCUGCACCUGCACCUGCACCGGUACCUACUCCUGCACCGGUACCUGCCCCACCACUGGUACCUGCCCCACCACCGGUACCUGCCCCACCACCGGUACCUGUUCCAGUACCGGCACCAGCCUCUGCACCGACACCGGCACCACACAUCAGCAUUCGCAUACCUAAAGAUGUGCCACCCGGUGGGACAGCAACAGCCGGGACAUCAACAAACUGGAAACACUGGCUCAGCAGCCCCCCUUUGCCCCGUGUCAACCGGGCCCGUAAGCCUGCACCAAAGUCGAAGGCAAUUUUGUCUGACACUGACACUACCGACAAUGACAAGGCAAAGGGGAAGGGGAAGGAGAAGGGGAAGGGGAAAGGGAAGGCAAAGGUACCAGAAGAUCAUGGCGAUGAGGAUGGCGAGGGGAUUGAUGUGGAUGAUCUUCUGGACGUUGAGCCACGGAAAUCAACUUGUCAGGCUGUCAUCGUUGUCAAAAAGAAGGGCAGUGCGUCGAAGGCAAGUCAGCGGGUUGUGAUUCAGGACGAUGAAGAGGAUGAAUUGGAGGAUGAGGAUGAUGAUACACAAGGCAGGCCAAAGGCAAGUUCAUUAUUUUACUUCACAUUUACCGGUCUAUCACUCAUCACGAUGCAGGCCACUGUCAGACCAGGGAAACGGCAAAAACUGUCCAUGCAGCCCAAGGGCAAGGCCACCAGCAAGGGCAAAGUGCCAGAACCGCCCCGCGUUGAUGAACCCCAUCCGCCUUGUGAUAGAUGUCUGGCCAAGAAUGUCGAGUGUUUCCCCCAAUUGACGAAGAAAGGUGAGAUCGCCUCGACUUGCUCAUUGUGCUAUCUGUGGAAGAUGGCAUGCAUCCGGACUAACACAGAGAGCGCACCCACCACCUCUGCCAACACCAUUACCCCCAUCACCGUCACUGCACCACCUGCAGUCACAGUAGCCACUCGCUCCAAGACCAUCCAGUCCAAAGCCACCGGAGAGAAGAUGAGUCGGAAAUCCAAGGCAAAAGGCAAGUCUUUUGUUUCCGGCAAGGAUAUCCGGCACCCAAGUCCUAUCGAAGAGGAGGACAACGUCGAUGAUGUCCAGAUGGUUGCUGCCAGCGGUUCUGCACAACAACCGGCCCCUUUGGCAUCCGCACACGAUUUCCCUCCUGAUCAUUGGGUGGAGCCUGGCAAUGAUGAGAUGCCACCUUCAUCACCGGCCAUGGCCUCGGAGGACAAUAUCCGGUUCUCGCCGUUACCGGUCGUUUUCAACCAUCCCUCUCCUGUCUCUCCUUCCGGACCCGGUCAUUCCACCCAAUACCCUCUCUCUCAUGACAAGAUGGAGGCCAUGUUGGCCCAAAUUCGCAUUGAGAUGGAGGAACUGCGCACACACGAUCGAAUGGAAAUUGACGUCCGGCAUGAUCGCUUGGAGAAUCGCAAGGACAUCGCCGAGGCAUCUGAUAGCGCCAUGUCCAUGCAGAUUGAUGACAUAGGGCGGGAUAUGCGUGUGCAGAAGGGACUCCUUGCUGAGUGCACGGCUGAAGUAAGAGGUAUUGUCAGGUAUCUGAGGGAGCAAAGAUCUACUCAGGUCACAGCAUCAACUCCACUGGCAUUUAAUCCACCCCCCAUGACAGCCCAUGACCCAUCUAUCAGUGCAUUUGCUCGCACUGUGACCAACAAUGUGUUCACUCCGGAUGUCUCUUGGAUGGGUGCCCAGACCGGUGGUGAUAUGUUGGGUGAUACUGCAGAUGGAUCACUGGUCGCAAGGCACAACCGGGUGCCAUCCAAUUCCACCAUCAUCCCUUCACUGACCAUGAGGGAAUCCGGCCCAUCUGUUCCUCCGGUUGGUGCACCACCUGUGCAAUCUCCUAUUCUCCUGGUUGCCGGGCCAUCAAAUGUGCCGGCUGAUGCCCAGUCCAUCUCAGCUCCUUUGCCAUGCCCGCACUUUGGACCUCUAUCGCACCAAGGUCGGUCAGUGAGUGCUAGGUAUCCAAGCAAGCCUUCCGGUGACGGGCCGACAUAA